ACUUUGAAUCAACAGUGAUAAAAUAUUUUCGGAUAAAAGAUGCAAUGCAGGACACCACGAUUUUUUUUUCAAACUGUGUGGACAGCGAUUAGAUGACAAUAACUAUAUUGUUUAGAAAGUUUUCUGUUAGGUUUAAACGCUACUUACUUUUUAAAAUCAGAAUAUUUGAUUUAUUUAGAUUUUGUUUGUCUUGUAUCAUAUCUUUAGAUUAUUUUAGUUUUAAUAUUGCAUGCACUGGCAUACGUGUUUUUUUAACUUUAUACUCUUCAAAUCUAAUAAUUUGGGUUCUCCUUUUUUCUGUGGGCCCAGCCGAUGACGUCGUCGCUUGUUAUGCGAUUAAAGUACCUUUUUUCUCUGAAAAAUUUAAAAAUGAACUGUCCUCCUUGAAUGACCGUUCGGCGUAUUAAGUGACAGGAGAGGGAAAGCGUUAACUGGUAUCUCGAAAUGGGACAUUGCCUGUUUAGCAGUCAGAAGCUUUGAUGUUAUCGAUCUGGUGAUAACUGACCUUCCUUUAUUCACACUGUUUUUGGUUGGGGAAAGGGGACGAAAGGGAAAUUUGAAAUGACAAUUAGUGUUGUGCCUGCUACUAUUUUGUCUUGGCGAUGGGCUGGAGUUAGGGGGUGGAGUAGGGGGUGGGGAAGAAAAAGAGAGUGAAUGUGAAAGUUGCCUGGGGAGAAGAGAUUAGCUCUUUCUGACUCCUGGGUCAGGGGUGUUUCCCAAAAUACUGAGUCAAAACUUUCGCCAGAAAUAAAAAAAGAACUCGCGUGUUGAACGGAGAUAAGCAGCGUGUUUAACCACACCACAUCUGUUUAAUGUAAGGUUUUAGAAGUGAUCUGUAAUAUAACAUCUCUGCUAUUUAUAAAACAUAACGCACACGCUGUUUUCAGAAUUAAAGUUAAUGCACGUAAGAAUUGUCAUCUUCGAGUGAUUUUGAAAUGUAAUCAAAACGCCCAUAGUGACAAGGCUAUACCUUUCUGUACACGGCAUAAGUGAAUAUUUUUCUCUUUGUGGGUGGAGAAUUGAAGGUCAGCAAAGAGGACGUUGGAGAAAUCGAGUCUAGAGGUGACCAAAGCAUGGCUAAACUUCCCAACGGCAAUGGCCUGAGACUGGGCCUCGGGAGGAGGAAUAUUUUGUGGAGCAACAUGUCUUCCAAGCAAGCCACCUCUCCGUAUGCUUCUUCUGUUGAUGGAGAGGAAGCAAUGGUCCAGGAACGAUUGGUACGGGAGAGGGAAAGGGAGGAGCUCAAUGACCAGCACACAGCCUCACAUCUGCCCCUGCAUACGUUAGUAAUCAACAAACCUCACUCUGAGGAGCUACCACCUGUUGUCGGCAACCUCCAACCGGACAGUGAUUGGGAAAACAUGGCUACUACCCAGCACAGAGCGGAUCCUGACAACAACAAAGUCUGUUCCCUAUACUCCUUCCGCAAUGCAACUACCUCACCACAUAAACCAGAUGAAGGGGCCCGCGAACGCAGCGACAUGAUGACUGGUGCAGUCUUUGGAACACCUGAGCGCCGCAAAGGAAGCUUAGCUGACGUGGUGGAUACACUGAAACAGAAGAAGCUUGAAGAAAUGACAAAGACUGAACAAGACGAAUCAUCCUGUGUCGAGAAGUUUCUCUCGAAAGACUGGAAGGAGAAAAUGGCUGGACUCAAUACAGGGGAGAUACUUGGUGAGAUCAAAGGUACGCCAGAAAGUCUUGCAGAAAAGGAACGCCAGCUGUCUGCUAUGAUCAACCAGUUAAUUAGUUUACGGGAGCAGCUCCUGGCAGCGCAUGAUGAGCAGAAGAAGCUAGCAGCAUCACAAAUUGAAAAACAAAGGCAGCAGAUGGAGCUUGCCCGCCAACAGCAGGAACAGAUUGCAAGACAACAGCAGCAACUAUUGCAGCAGCAACACAAAAUCAACCUUCUCCAACAGCAAAUCCAGCAGGUUCAGGGUCACAUGCCUCCACUCAUGAUCCCAAUUUUUCCACACGACCAACGGACAUUGGCAGCGGCUGCCGCAGCCCAGCAGGGAUUCCUUUUCCCCCCAGGGAUAACAUACAAACCAGGUGAUAGCUACCCUGUGCAGCUCAUUCCGUCGACAAUGGCAGCUGCAGCUGCGUCUGGACUCAGCCCAUUACAGCUCCAGCAACUGUAUGCAGCACAGCUGGCCAGUAUGCAGGUAUCACCUGGUGCUAAGAUCCCUUCUACUCAACAGCCACCGAACCCUGCAGGUGCACUCUCACCUACAACAAUGAAAAAUGAAAAGCAGGGGACCAGCCCUGUAGCUCAAGUCAAGGAUGAAGCAGCACAGCCACUCAAUCUGUCAGCCAGGCCCAAGACUUCCGAGCCUGUCCGAUCUCCCACAUCACCCACCCAGAGCUUCUUCCACACAAAUAAAUCUAGUCCUGUCAACCUGCCUAACAAAAGCAGCAUCCCCAGCCCUGUGGGUGGCACACCAGGAAGAGGAUCAUCUUUAGACAUCCUGUCCACUCUGAAUUCAACAGCUUUCCUGGGUGACCAGGAUGCAGUGAUGAAGGCCAUCCAGGAAGCUCGUAAAAUGAGAGAACAGCUGCAACGAGAGCAACAGUUGCAGCAGCCUGGGCUUGAUGGGAAGAUGUCAUCCAUGAAUAGCCUGGGAAUUAACUGCACGGGUAAUAAGAUCACUGACAUGCCAUACAGUGUGACACACUGUUCUAGACCAGUGAGGUACAAUGUAGCAUACAGUCUUCAAGCAGUUCCAAGUUAUCCUAUUGUUGAACGGGUGCCCUUUGAGAAUCUUGCACAACAGCUGACAGGAAAAACAGGAGAGGAUGUGAAGGUUGGUCCAGGGGUCAUUGACCUCACAAGACCAGAGGACGCUGAAGGAAGCACUACGGUGACGGAGGCACGGGUUUACAGAGAAACCAGGGGUCGCAGCAACAACGAACCACAUAUCAAACGACCAAUGAAUGCAUUCAUGGUGUGGGCAAAGGACGAGCGCAGGAAGAUACUGCAGGCAUUUCCAGACAUGCAUAACUCAAACAUCAGCAAAAUCUUGGGAUCUCGCUGGAAAUCAAUGUCCAACCAAGAGAAACAGCCAUAUUAUGAAGAGCAGGCCAGGCUCAGCAAGAUGCAUUUAGAAAAAUAUCCCAACUACAAAUACAAGCCCAGACCAAAGCGCACCUGUAUUGUGGAUGGCAAGAAACUGCGUAUUGGCGAAUAUAAGCAGUUGAUGAGAAACCGAAGGCAGGAGAUGCGGCAGUUCUUCACUGUGGGGCAACAGCCUCAGAUUCCAAUCACCACGGCAGCAGGCGUAGUCUAUCCCAGUGCUAUCUCCAUGGCAACCACAGCAGCAUCACCACAACUGACAUCCGAGUGUUCCAGUGAAUCUGGUAGUCCAGAACCAAGCAUCCCAGUUAUCCAGAGCACUUACAGCAUGAAGGGAGAAAGCGGCAACCUGGGUGUAAACGAAAUGAUGAAUGGCGAAGAUGAAAUGGAAAUGUACGAGGACUAUGAAGAUGAUCAGAAAUCAGACUAUAGCAGUGACAAUGAGAAUCAGGAGGCCAUCAGUGCCAACUGAAGAGCAACUGCAAUCAGACUGUUAUUUUGAACAAAAAAAGUUAUUGAUGAGCCUGCAUGUGUGGCUCCAACCGAUUCAUCAGCGAUGGUCUUAAAUGUUUCUUAAUGUGUGAAGCAUUCUGAUUGUUUUUUUAUUUUUACAAAGUAUCAUGGACAUUUUACAUUACUGGCUACAGCCUGAAAACAAAAAAAAGUCAGGACUUGAAAGCUGUUGCUUAAUAUAGAUUCACAGCUAUCUGGCAGUCUUAAAAGUUUUUUUUUCCUUUCUCUUUUUUGAGCUUGUUUUAAAAUGCUUUCGUUUUUUUCUUAAGGGGUGGGGGGUUAUAUUCUCACUCAGGUAUGCUGUGCCAACCAGCAACUUGUGAAUGUGUUUUUAAUCUGAACUAUUUAAAAUAACUUAAAUCUCGUAGUUUUAAAAAGAAAGGGGGGAAGAAAACCAAAACAUAAAUGGCAGCACGUGUGCACAUAAAGCACAGCAUAAAGCAGAACAACAAAGAGCUGAGCCCUGACUGGCUUUCCUUUUUUUAAUUCUUUAUUUUUGAGUUGCGUAUUGUACUGUUUGAAUUAAGAAAGUGCCAAACUUCUAAUAACAUUGUAAUCUUAACACUCUGAAAAGUCUUAUUUGGGAGACACUGCAAAAGUCUUAGACAAUCGCCUGUCAUCUUAAUGAGGAGAAAAAAUAUAUAGCUAUGCUUACAAAAUGGUUCUUUCCAGACAACAGUGAAGUUACUCAGGAAUAUGGACGAAGGAUAUCUAUUUGAGACAGAAGAGGAGCUUGCCAGAGUGCAUGUGUCCAAUCACUUUUUUUGAUGUGCCACAAUAGGGUGUUCAACAGUUAUUUAUCACUGCAGGCAAGAUGGCUGGCACUUGUCUCCUAAGCAUGAUUUCUAGCCCUUUACCUCAUUAUGUUAGUUUCCGUUGAGAAUAUCUUAGUCAUUCCAGAGAUCCAUGGGGCCAAUAAUCUAGGAUUAUUGAAUUUAAAAGCAAACACAAGGGGAAAUUUUUUUUAAAACUCAGGGGGAUAAAAUCAGUAAGUUUCUGGGUGUUCUGUUCAGGUGGGAUACCUUUUAUCAAACCAGCUAAAGAUGUAGAACUUGAGCAGGAAUAACUCCAUUAGUUUGAAUUUACCCCUUGUAAUUGGCACUAACCUUUCCACCCUUCCUCCCCAACCCCUCCCCCCACCUCUCACCACCCAGAGUUAGGAAGGUUAGACUGGUUAAUGCUAUUUCAGCCUCGCAGGAAGAUUGUUGAGGUAACAGAGGAAUAGAGAGGGGGCUCAAUGUUGCAUUGGAUUUAUGCUCCGACUGACCCUGGAGUCUUACCUGCUGUUCAAUGGUGUUAAGUAAAUUUACUUAAACAAAAAAUUUCCAUUCCUCUGCACUGUCAGCUUUCACCUUGAUAAGCACAAGUGGGCUAGGGAUGAGCAGGGAGGAAACAAAAUAUUAAUGACUUAAUUUUACUUAAUUUCACAAUGUCUUAAUUCAGCUACAGCAUUGCUGUGAAAACCAUAUGUUGUAAGGUCUUAAACUUAAAUAAUAUUUGAUGUGCAGGAAGUAGGUGAGUUACAAACAGCACAAAUUAAAAAUUAUAUGGUGCAUCUCCAUCAAUCCACCCUGCAUAAUCAAAUUUUCCAUCUUAAAUACUUGAUGUGCUGCAAAAUAUAAAUGGCUAUUAUUAAAUUUAAAAAGUACUAUUGAUGGGUAAUUACAUUCAAGAGGACUUUUUUUUUGUUUUGAAAUUGGGAAAAAAUACAAACUAUUGCUGAGGAUUGAGGUAGAAUUCCGCUUAUUAUUCAUUGGGGGGGUUGAAUAAUGACUAGUUUGAUUUAGACUGUGAUAAUAGAGUUGGAAUGUCACGCAAUGAGAAUAACUGAUGAACACUCUGUUUCUUUUGCAAAUUAUUCAAGGUACUGAUAAAAGUUAUUUCAUUCAGAAAAAAGGAUUUGAACUUUAUAUCUGGCUUCAACUUGAGGAAGGAGGAGCGAGGGGAUGGUCUCUAUUUCACAUAAUUAUUAUUUAUUAAGGUUCUUAUAACCUCUUAAUAAUAAUCAGCUCCCCUCAACUGCUUUUAUUUUUAAAAUUCAGUUUUACUUAGGACAGUGUAUGGCUUGUAGUUUGAGAGUACAUAUUUUAGUUUAUUUUUCAUUGCACACAAACAUUUAGUUGUUUUAGCUGUUUUGUUGCCAUGCCAAUAUGAUAUAAUGCAGGCUGGUGGGAAAACAAAGGACUGUUUUUUGGGACUGAAACUUGAUUAUGCUUGUAGUGUGUAUGUGUGUAUAUAUAGAUAUAUAUAUAUAUAUAUAUGUGUGUGUGUAUGUAUACAUAUAUAUAUAUAUAUAUAUAUAUAAAAUAUAUAUAUGAUACACAUACACACAUGGACACACACAUUACAUACACGCUCACUCACACACAUACACACACAGGAUGUUUUAAAGUGUUAUGAGCACUGGAUAUAAAUGAUAUUUUUUAUCACUUCUGACUAAUGUGAAACUGUUAUAAGAGAUACUACAUGAACAAAAUGUCACCUGUUCCGACUCGUGUGGGCCUGCCUCACAGUUGCCAGAUUUGAGUCAUUUUAUGUCUAGUAACUUUAUUUAUGCAAAAAAAAGGAAAAUGUUAUGUAUGAAUACUUUGUUUUAGCUCCACCUCAGCACCCCUUUCUCCCUCACCUCUGUCAUCCUUCCCUACCCUGAUUUCUUUAUCUUCCUUUUCUCUCUCACCCACCACCCCACAAACGUUCGUCAUUUUCUAUAUGACCACGCACUCUCCAAGCUGAUUGGCUGAACAGACAUCACCAAACUCAAUGAUUUUUUUUUAAUGGUCAUAAUUAUUUCUUUGUAAAUUACAUUUGAGGGUUGACUAGAUCAAAUAAAUGUUUGUGUAAUAUUUAUUAGCCGAAAUCAGGCUCUAAAAUGUCACUGCAGAGUUACUCAACCAAGACAAUCAAAAAAGGAAAUAGUACAAAUUUACUUAGAUUGGAGCUUAAAACAAAGUUACAACAAAAAAAUCCACCAUCUCAUUUUAGAACUUUUUAAAAUUGUAAAUAUAACAUAGGAAAUAGAAUUCUAUUUUUGUUCAUGAUACAUAGUGAAAUAUAAGUUAUGUAUUUACUGUUUUGUUAUACAUCAUUGUAUGUUGGUCCACAUUUUUAAAUGCUGACAAGUCGCUGUACCUCAUGUAGAUGCUGAACUCACACCCGCAAUGAUAUAGCAGUAUUGGACCUUUAGCUGAGGCGUUCAGACACCUCGCUUGUGGUCAAUUUCUCAUGUUUUUGUAUUGUAAUUAUUAUUAUUAAGGAUAUAUAUAGCGUUACAGUUAGUAAUAUGCGGAGUAGGGAAAUAAUUUUAUUUAAAGAAAAAAAUCACUUUUUGAAUCAUUGUACUGUGCCCAUUUCAUGGUAGGAAAAAGAACAAUCAGACAAAAUUUGUAAAAUUUCUUUUUAUGAAUUCAUAUUUUCCUUCUGUGUAAAAGUAAGCUUAUCAACCUGGGACUGGUGAAUGGGAGGGGGGACUUUGUGGAAAUCAAACUUUUUACAAUUGCUCUGGGUUACUUCUCAGAGUGAGUUGUGUUUAUGGGAACGUGAUAGUUGGCAACCCCCUUUUAACUGUUUCUAAGUGGCAUGACUGUGUUGAUGAAUUAGUGUGUCCUGGCACAAUGACAUGUAGCAAUAUGUGCCAGCAGAGUCAGGAAUAUAACAACGAGCAGCAGAUGGUAGUGAAAAGCAAGAUAAACAGGGGACUUGACAAAUAGGAGAGGUUCUCACUUGAUGCCACUGGUUCAGUCAGUUAAGUGUAUUUUACCUUGGUUGUAUUUAAAUAAUAAUUGGCCUCAAUAUUCAUAACUUUUGUGAAACCAGUAGAUUAUUAUGGAUCAUGUGAGGUGGCUGCAGCCAUAAAUCAAAUUGCCUUUCCAAUUUUACGUCAUUCCUUGCAAAUAUCAUGCAAGGGUAAGCAUGUCAGCAAACCUUGUCUCAUUGUUAGUCAAUAGGAUACUUUAAAAGUUUCCUUAAUGAGCUCAGCAGAAGACACAGAAGAGGGAUAAUGAUCCUGUGAAAGGGCGAUGCCUUCUUUUAGAGUGUUUGACAAAUCUUAAUUUGGAAAGGGGAAAUACAAAGAGCUGUGUGUCAUUUUUCAAAAUGUGCAAUUGACAUUUUUGACUUUCUUCUUUGUGUUAUGUGUUACAUUAAAUGAAAAAUAAGUUUGCCAAACACUUUCUUUUCAUAAAUUUGGGUGAUUAUUAUGUCUGAUUAAUUUAUACAUCAGUAAAGCAGAUGGGAUCUGAAUAAAAUGGGCAGUUGUGACUGUAGCAAAUUCACCCAAAUCUGGCAGAAGUACUUAAGUAGAGGUUUAAAAUAUGUGUAUAAGAGGCUCAGGAGAUUGUCCUGACUUCUAGAUUAGUAGCUGCACUUUUUGUGAUGCCACAGGUAGUAAGGUGGAGUAAGCAAUGAUGCAAAAGUAGUUGCGCAUUGGGAGCUACACCCUUCCUGGAAACUAUCCUUCUUAACAAUUUGUGUUGUGAUAAAUAUAUGUUUUAUUCCCAGGCUGUGGCAUAAUUUUUAAAAAUUCAUAUGUUGCAUUAGCUGUUCUGUUUUGGAAAUAAUAAUUUUACCCAAUAACUUGAUCUGCCAUAUGCAUUAACCUCAAAUUUGACCCCUGUGUCAAAACGUAUUGAGUAUGUCUUAUUCUAAGAUUAAUACAGUAUUGAAAAUGUGGGGUCCUUGCAGCAAACCAGUAGUUUGGCCAACUUUGGAGCGACAUAAUGCAUUUUUAUUUUUUGGUGAAUGAAAUUAGGACUUGUUCCUAAAUUUCACCCGCCUUUCUUCCCCCAUUAUUGUCACAAGCCAGCAAAGAUGCCAGGCUUAUGUGAACCACACAAGUGAGGUGUUUGCCGCUCUUGGGAGUAUGGGGAAAUGUGCAAAUAACAAAUUUUGUUUUUUUAUCCUGCACAUUGCAGCCUUGCUAUGUGCAUCUGCUGUUUGUCUUCCUUUGUCACUUGCGUUUAGUGCUGGAGCGUGCGAUUUUAUAAAAUAGCCCGCCCUCAGCUUUGAGAAGAGUAGCAGGAGCUUUUAUAACGUUUUGGUUCAUUAAGUAUUUGCCAUUUUUUUGUUGAAAAACUACAUUAAGACACGCUUAUAUAAGCUGUUCCUACAUAGCUUCUUACUGUAACUUUAUCUUCCAGCAUUGUAAGUUUUAUUUUUCAUUGUGAUGUAUAUUGUGAUGUUGUUCUCCGUGUUAAUUUAAUCAGCACAAUUCACUGACUUGCUGGACUGACAUGCUAGCUGCUGAUAAAGUGUAAAGGGUUGGUUAGGUUUUAUUUUGUUUUAGCGCGCAUGACUGACAACCGGGACUCUUGUCGCCAUGGUACUAUCUAUGCUUUCGUCCCUAUAGCAACACUGGGUGUGGCUCUUAAGAAACAAAGGGCUGCUCCACAUGUGUCUUGUACAGCAGAAUUUAAUAAUUUAAUUUUUUUUUAAAGAAAGUUCAACUUCUCCACAUUUUGAAUUUAUAACAAUGCAGGUACCUGGGCCCACAGCAGGUAAAUGUUUGGGUGUUUAGAGAAAUAGUGUCUGCUGCUGCUUUGAAAAUGUUAAAAGUCUGACAAAAUGUAAAUAAUUUAUCGAAAAAAAGAAAAAAAAAGACUUGUACAGUCUCGUG